UUUCUCCCUUUUCUUCUCAAUCGUUCCUUUCCUUCUCAAUCUUCUUCUCAGUCGUUCCUUUUCUUCCAAUCGUUCCUUUCCUUCUUUAAUCUUCUUCUCAGUCGCCAUUUUCUGAUCAAUCGCCCUUUUCUUCUCAAUCGUUCCAUCCAUCUUCAUCCUUUCCUUGCAUCGCCGAUCCUUUUCUACUCGACCCUGUGCUUCAGAUUUCAUCGACCAAAAAUGUCAAGUAGCAGAGGUGGGUAUUCAGGAAGUAGAGGGUCACAGUCGUAUUCGACUUCAAGAUUUAGAGCAAGUUACACUCAAGGUUGUCGUUGUAGUCACCGUCAUAUCUCGGAAAAUGAUGUUGAUUCGUUGCCAGUUAUCCUACCAGCUUGUGGCUGCACUUUACCAAUGAAGGCUUACAUUGCCAACACUGAUGCGAAUCAAGGUUGGAUGUUUUGGAGGUGUCGUAACUGGAACAGCAAGACUAUGUGUACCUGCAACUUGUACAUCUGGGACGAUGAUAUUAUACCUGGUGUUACAACAAUGAUCGAAGUUACACCUGCAAUAGAUAGUUCAAUGGAUGGAAGGAAAAAUCAAGUUUGCAGCAAAUGUGAAAACAUUGAUGAAGUUAUGAAGGCAUUCGAGUCGAAUGAAAUUGCGAAAUGGAAGACAAAAUAUGGGGAUGAGAAUAAGAAGGUUAAAUGGAUGUCAUUGAUCAUGAUCAUUAACUGAGUUUUCUUUGUAUGGUUUGAAAAAUUUUAGGUGGCUGUUUGGGUUAAGUUGGUUGGCUUUGUUUAGGCUGUUAAGAAGUUAUCUUAGUUUGUUUGUAAUUUGAUGUUUUAGUAUCUUUAUGUUUAAGUACUCAUGUGUAAGAACUUUAAUGUACC